AUGGCAGCUAACGUCGGACGCAUUAACGUCGAUUAUGCGCACGUUGAGAUUGGAGAGUUCAAAGACACUGUGUACUGUCCAUGUCAAGACACAUUCCUUUUCGUCGACGCUCUCCAGAGCGACAUCGAACACCUGCGCCGCCGAGAGAUUGCUGUUGUCAUGGAAAUAGGGUCAGGUAGUGGCUACAUAUCGGCGUACCUUCUGAAGCUACUUUGCGACAACGGGGAAACAGGUGCCGUCCGUGCAACCCACAGACGAGACGACGGAUAUUAUCAAUGCGCUGAAGGUGCAUAUGAUGUAGAGCGAAGCGUCUGUGCGCCAUCCUGCAAAUAUUCCCCACCGUUCGUCAUCGCCGUCGACAUCAACCCGUUUGCCAAUGCCGCUACCAUGCAAACUCUUAAUAGCAACGGAGUUGCCGAGAAAGCCGAUGCAGUAGGCAUGGACAUGUUCGCAUCACUCAACUGCCGUGCAAGCAGGAAAAUGGUGGACGUUGUCAUGUUCAACCCACCAUAUGUACCGUCUGAUGGCGACGAAACGGCGAACGAAUGUUUGGACAUGGCAUGGAACGGCGGAGCUAUGGGAAGGGAGGUCACCGAUAGGUUCAUCGGUUCUGUCAAAGUACGUUUAUUGCACCUGCGCAACGCCGAUACGUGUAACGCAGGAAUACUUAUCGCACAACGGAACAGUCUGGUUGAGAAGCGCAAUGAUGUGAACAGCGUUCUGCAAUUCAUAGAAAAACAAGGGUUCGACGCACAAGUCAUUAUUACCAAGAAACUGCUCGGGGAGACGCUCUCUGUAAUUCGGUUUUGUACGAAGAACACUGAUGCGUUGGCCACUCAACGACAGUAA